AUGCCAGCAUCGUCAACAGCCCAGAACCAAGACCCAUUGAAACCUCCACCGACCUCACCCCUCCCCACCCCGGCUCUAGAGUCAUCCACCCUCCGCUACAGCUACAAGAUCGCGCGCGGCGAGGUAGGCGUCCUCUCCUUCGAGCCAUACAAGACCCUCCUCCUCCCCUACUGGGCCUUCCGCACCGUCCCCAUCGCCCGCAACUCGUCACAGAUCCUACGGACCAUCUUCCAGUCCUACGUCGCCCGGCAGGAUUUUGUCGGCGCGGACAUGACGCGCAAGUUCAUCCAGAUGGGCAUGACGAGGGCGCGCCGGUAUGCAAAUCACAAGGGCGGGAGAAAGUACGCCAAGACGACGGGCGAAGAACUGGAGAAGUGGUCCGGGGGCACAGAGGAGGAGGCCACGAAGAGGAAGGAGAAGGCGGAUGCCAGCGAGGUCUUCAAGGCGGCGUGGCGGGCUUGUAUCGAGGAUGAGGCGUACAGGGGGCUCAGGCAGCAAUGGGCCCAGGAGAAGAAGCAGUUUCAAAAGCCAAGCAAGAAGAGUUGA